AUGAAAGGCAAUGGUGGACCUGUUGCAAAGGUAGCCUUCCUUGGACUGCUUACCAACGUUAUGCUUGGCCUAAUGAAGGGCUUAGCAGGAUGGACGCUGAACAGUGCAGUGCUUGUGGCAGAUGCUAGCCAUUCCAUAACUGAUACCCUUGGCGACAUUCUCACACUAUUUUGUCUUUGCAAGGCUCAAAAAAGGCCCUCGCCGGAGUAUCCAUUUGGAUACGGAAAACUUGAGGCCGUGGGCACUGUUGUGAUAAGCAUUAUGUACUUACUUAGCUCUGUCGGCAUUGGGCUUCAUUCAUGCUCCCAGCUGCUGGUUUUCCUUCCGGAGUCCUUGCUCUAUUAUGUCCAGCUGUGGAUAGCUGCGCUCUCUUCCAUGCUGGCAGUGCAUGACGACCAUGGCCAUUCACAUUCACAUUAUCACCAUGAAAGCCUUGUUGAUCCUAAAGCGCUGGUUUUUGUUUUUAUUGGAAUUGUGGUGAAGGAGGCGUUGUUUCGAUACACGCGCAAAGUAGCGCGUACUUCGCGCAGCUCUGUACUUGAGGCCAGUGCGUAUCAUCACCAUAUUGAAGGUAUGAGCGCGAUAGCGUCUUUUAUUGCCAUUGCUGGGUCAUGGUAUGGGUUGACCCUGUUAGAUCCACUUGGUGGCCUUGUGCUUGCGUUGAUAAACGGAAGAGAAGCGUUAUCGCUACUGGUAUCUUCCUUGCAGCAGCUGUGUGACCACAGUGUUUCUUUAGACACACUUCGAGCUAUUGAAGCGGCCAUGGACGAGGCCGAGACAUCUACGAACCUGCAGCAAAAGCACCCCUUGUUUACUUGGGACGAGGUCAAGGCGGUGAACUCUGGCCCAUCGAUCAUAGCCUAUGUUCGUCUCCGAUUCGAACGGGACGUUUUGCUGGCAGAUGCAUUGGCUACCGAACAAUUCGUGCGCAAAAGCGUGCAGUCUGCAUACCCCGCCGUACGUAUACCUGACUGA